CCGCGGACGCAGCCAUGGACCUCUUCUUCAUUGUGUCGGUCGUCAUCAAGGUGCUCAAGCUGGCGCUGAACAUCGUGGCGCUGAUCCUGUACCGCUCGGGCAACAAUGGCGACUUCCUGGGCGUGGGCGGCAGCUGGAACAUCAACGACGAGAAGGACCCUGACGCCGAGAUGGUCGCCUCUGGAGUGAUGGUGGGCUUCUUCAUCUACACCUUCUCCGCGCUCGUCGCCAGCUGCCUCGGCCAGAGGAGGACGCUCACGGACGCGCUGCUCAACUUCGCGGGCACGUUCCUGUGGGUGGCGGUGGGCGCGACGGCGCUGCACUACUGGGUGCGCUACCAGAGCGAGUACCAGUACCAGUUCCUGGAGGUCAGCGCCGAGAAGAAGGUGGGGAUCGCCCUGGGCGCGCUCUGCGUCUUCAACGGCGUCGGCUACCUACUCGACACCGGCGUCGAGUCCUACGUCUACUUCAAGGAGAUGUAGCUGCUCCAGAGAGUCUAACCAAAGCCUCCCAGGCAGUCCACUGUGCACAAAUAGGGAAUAAGAGUGUCAACGCGACUACUUACUGACUGCUAACAAGCAUACUGUGUCAGACAAAUGCAGGCAACACUGUUGCUCUUUCUCUAACACGUGUGUGUGUGUGUGUGUGUGUGUGUGUGUGUGUGUGUGUGUGUGUGUGUGUGUCCAGACAUUUCAUUUCAUUAGCAAUAGAUUAGGAACAUAUUAAACGCAACAAAUUCCAGUGGUUGGAGAGUUUGUACAGUUCAACAUACAAUUCAUUAGUGUAGUAUGUGUUAGAAAAUACGUAGUUCAUAAACACACAGUGAAACUGGUAGAGUAACAAGCGCUGUGACAUGUGAGAAACAAUAUUUCCGAGUAUCGCCUGCAACUUUAGGACGGUGCUCUCAUAUGAAAACGAGACAAGGAAUUCUUUUAUCUAGUUGUUUCGAAAAUCCACACAUAAUCGGUUCACUAUCUUAAUUGAUUUUUAUAUUCUCAGAGCUAGCAAUAAGUACACUAAUCCAUGUACGAAGUAUUGUUGUGAUCUAGCAUACUAAACAUCAAAUGAACAGCUCGUAGCCUGGACUAACAUGAAAAGAACAGCUCGCAGUCUCGAAUAUUUCAGCCUGCACUCAGAUAAAUAAAAACUGUAAACUUCCAACAAUUCAGAGUGGUAAGAACAUGACACACCAGUAGAUACAAUAUAUAGAUCCAGAUUUGUUAGGAAAUCUACUGGCAUUCGUAAUAAACUUAUCCAUUACAAUAUGUGUUAAGAAACAAUAUGCUGACUGCUGAUAUAACGAAAAAAAUUUUUUGUUGUGUAAGACAAAAUCUAAUUGAGGAUAUAUAUGAGACUAUAACGUGUAGCUGUACCA